CUCUAGUCCUCCUAUACACUAGAAUCUCAGAUUUGACUUCCCGCACGAGGAGCAGUCGGGAUCGGGAGGGGAGGGAUGACGAGCCAUCGCCGCCUCCGCUCGACGGCGCGGCCGCCGCUGGAGGACGAGGACCUGCUCUCCGAGGUCCUCCUCCGCCUCCCGCCGCAGCCGUCCUCCCUCCCGCGCGCCUCCCUCGUGUGCAAUCCCUGGCGCAGCCUCGUCGCAGAUCCGGGUUUCCUCCGCCGCUUCCGCCUCCACCACCGCCGCAACGCUCCUCUUCUCGGUUUCUUCGAUAUUAGUUACGCUGAGGGAAGUUUUCACGACAUCUACUUCGUACCCACCAUGGAUCGCCCCAAUCGUCUGCCGGAUGGCCCGGAGGGCCGCUUCUACUUGCCGGCCGCCAACCGAGAAGAAGGCUACCGCGAGCUUCUUGGAUGCCGCGAUGGUCUCGUCCUCAUUCUCCACUUACCAUGGAGGUGCCCCCGGAGAACACCACCGGCAUCGUGGCGCCCGAUCCUGGUGUGGGAUCCUGUCAGCGGCGACAAGCACCGCAUUGCCUUCCCCUGGGGGUUCGAUGAUUAUAAGGCUAUAAGCUCUUGCAGUGGUGGAUCAAUGGGGCGGUGCUUCGCCGCGCCGGAUUAGACCACUUUCAUGUAAUCUUGCUAGUGACAGAGGAGGGAAAAGAAAAUAGGCGAUUGCUUGCAUGGGUUUACUCGUCGGAGACCAGCGAAUGGGGUGAUCCCAUAUAGACGCUGCUUCCAUCCUGGGACUUCUUAAGCAAUCCGGACAAGCCCGCUGUGCUUGCUGGGAAUUCUCUUUACUGGAUCCUUGUUGGUAAUUCAUCAUGCAUCGUUCAGUUUGAUUUGGAUAGGGAGACACUAACACUAGCCGUCAUACCUGUGCCCUGCCAAUUGCAUCUGAUCCACAGGAGCCAAUACUCGAUUUUGCGGGCAGACGACCGUGGGCUUGGUUUCCUCUUUCUGUUAAAGUGGGACUACAGGGCUGUGUUUUAUGACUGGAAGACAGAUCGUGAUGGUGUUAGUUCGUGGGUGAACUCAAAACUCAUUGAGAUAGACAAGCUACUUUCUCUGAAUGCAGAGAAGAAGUACGAGCUACUUUGCAAGAAUCUAAAUAAGGAGUGCACAAGGAUGCUAGGGUUUGCGGAGAACAGUAAUGUGAUAUUCCUGGAGACGUUUAUCGGCCUGUUUAUGAUUGAACUCAGCACAUUGCAAUUGAAGGAACUUCCCCGAACCAACGGGCACAGAUUCAACGUCCAUGCAUUCGAAAGUGUCUAUACUGCAGGUACUGGCAUUGGUGGUGGACAUGGUGGAGCUGAAGUUUUGCGCAAUGCCUAAGGUGAUUGUUCAGACAUAUAUGCUAUCGUGAAAUACAAAUUUAGUAGGUAAGCUUGUCUUUAAGUGCUAGCAUAAUGAAUAUUUUCUAUUUCAGAUGCUUCGUGGAUAUCUUUAUGUUAUAAAUUGUACUGGUUGCAAAAUUUCUAUUGAUAUUUUUUCUCGCUA